UCCGCACACGACGACCAGCUGCCGGGCGUGUCCUGCCACCACAUCCCUGCUCGCCCUCCCCCACUCGCGCAUCGCCAGCGGCCACCCGUUCUCGGCGCUGCUACAGAUUGGGACCUGCGUCUCACGCCGGCUAUUUCGAGCCCCUGUGCGGCAUCACCCUGCGGGCACUCUCACACAGCCCGUGCGAGAGAAGCAGCGGCGGCGGAAGCCACUCUACUCGGCUAGCGUGCUCGCACCGCUCUCGCCAGCAUGCCGAGCCUGCGCUCCAUGGCCUCGUCGGGCUCUCUGAAGCUCAAGCAGGCAGCCACUGACGUCCGCCACCGCACCUCCUCCAUCUCCUCGCUCCACAACCCUUUCGCCUCGUCCGACGCUCCGCCCGUCCCGCCGCUGCCGCCGUCUAUGACGCCCUCGACGUCCGCCUCGACGUUGCGCACGCGCUCGACGUCUGCGCCGCAAAAUGGCUCCACACCCAACCUGGCCAUGACUGCUUCGGACGCUCCUGCUCCUGCUGCUGCUUCGUCGUCGCGCAUCUCUCGCGUGUCCUCGACGACGCGCUCUCCCUCUACGCCGCCACAACAUCGGAUUGACGACCCGACCCACGCGUCGUUCUCGCACGCCGUGGACCCGCACGCCACUGUCCGCCCGACGCGCCGCACGUCUGCGCGUGCCGUGUCUGAAGUGAACGAGACGGUCUACUCGUUCCGCCUGCUCGAGGCGCUGCGCAAGGGCGACCGGAGCGAGCUGCAUCCCUUCCUGACGAAGAGUGCCGCCCGCACGGGUCCGACCAAGGAGCUUACGAGCCCGCUGCACCUCGCCGUGCGAUGCGCUGAAUACCCUACGAUCGAGUAUUGUCUCGAGUACAAGAGCGCCUCGCUCAAUGCCGCCGACACGCUGAACGGCAACACGCCGCUGCACCUGGCCUCGAGCCUGGGCCGCGCCGACGUUGUGCGGCUCUUCCUGCAGCAGGAGGACGUUGAUGACACUGUGCGCAACUCGGAGGGCAAGGAGGCGAUCGACGUGGCCAAGACGAUGGAGGUGGCGCAGAUCUUCCAGGUCUCUCGGGCCGAGCUCAACCUGCAGUACCUCGAGGCGCUCGAGCGCUGGGAGAAGGGCCUCGCCGGCUCAGAGGCCGUCGAGCAGUUCCUGAACCGCCCACGCGUGCGGGCCAUCGACCUCAAUGCGCAGACGCGCGGCAGCGGCACUACGAUUCUGCACGAGGCGGUGCGCCGCAAGGACGCUCGCGUGGUGGAGAUCUCGGUGCGCAAGGGCGCAGACGUCUUCUGCCGCAACCGCAAGGGCCGGCGCGCGCUCGAGAGCACAAAGGACGAGAAGAUCAAGGCGCUUCUGCAGCAGCUGUCCAACGCCGACGCCGCGCGCGCCGUGCAGUCGACUGCUGCUGGCCUGCCGCCGAUCUUCCGCGGCUACCUCGCCAAGUGGACGAACAUCGCAGGCGGCUACAAGACGCGAUGGUUUGUGCUCGAGAACGGCAUCCUCUCGUACUAUCAUACGCAGGAGGAGGAGGGCAAGCAGUCGCGCGGCUCGACUAACCUGCGCUUCGCCAAAAUCCACGCCGAUGGCAACGACAAGCACCGCUUCGAGGUCAUCUCGGACGCCAGCAAGGGCUCCGCCUCGAAGCUGUACCUGCGCGGCUCGCACCCCGUCGAGCGCGCCCGCUGGGUGCAGGUGCUGCAGCAGACCGUCGACUUCUUCGACAUUGACCGCGCCCCCAGCCGCGCUGAGAGCAUCGUGAGCACGCGUGCGCCGAGCCGUGGCAGCCUGCUCGACGCCACGUCGACGUCACACGUGCCCGCUGGCACGCAGGCCGUCGGUGCGCCGUCGUCGAUUCCCUCGCGCACCGGCACGCCCUUCCGCGGCAUGGCUGGCCUCGGCGCGACGCCAUCGAUCCCCGAGACCUCUGCUGCGCCGACACUCGUGGCACCGGUCCCGACGCGCGCCUCUGCGCUCCUCGACUCCGGCUCGCAGAGAGCGUCGUCGAUGAACAGCGAGUCGCGGCCGUUCCCGCUGGGGCGCACGCCCAGCUUUGGCAGCCAGAACUCGCGCCUGCCCUCGGACGACGGCGUGUUCGAGGACGACGAGUCGGGCGAUGCCGCAGAAAACCCGAGAGGGCUGCCGUACCAGACCGAGGUCACCACCAUCGCGAACAGCCUGCGCACGCAGGUCGACAUGGCGCAGCAGCUGGCUCAGAGCCUUACGAGCGGUGCCGAUGCCGCGUCCGCCUCGCCAAAGCUGCCGAGCACCGCCAACGUCGCCGGCAACCGCGCGAGCAUCUCGAGCGUGCGCCUCAACUACCAGAGCGGCCCGGAGGGCGUGCGAGAUGCGCUCAACGAUGCGCUCAGCAACAGUGCGACUCUGCUGGCGCGCUACCAGGAGAUCGUCUCGCAGCGCGAGGCCUACCUGCUGCGCCGCUACGAGCAGGAGAUCCAGGCCAAGCACCUCUGGGAGGAGAAUAUGAAGGUGCUUGGCGCCCAGCACGCCGAGAUGGAGGCGCAGCUGCGCCAGGCGGCCGAGGAGAACGCUCGCAAGCGGCGCGCUCUCAAGGAAGUGCGCGACACGAUUGCCUCGUCGCCGUCGGGCACGCUCGCCAGCCCGCACGCGGGCCGCGACGCCGCCUCGCCGCUGCCAUCCGGCUUCUUCAGCCCAGGCGACUCCAUCGCUGCGCGCCGUGCGUCGGGCCAGACUGGCGCGGCGCAGCCGCACUUUGACGAGGCACUUCCGAGUGCGAUCGGCGGCAUCCAGGGCACCGUCGCUGCGAUCGCCGGCGCCGAGCUGCUGGCGAGCGAGCAGGACAACGCCGACGACAUGGACGACGAGUUCUUCGAUGCCAUCGACAACAACAACUUGCCGGGCCUCAAGGUCGAGGCACCGCUGGCGGAGGAGAAGAAGAUCGGCGAAAAGCCGGCGUGGCCGCAGGACUUCGACAAGGAGCGCAUCGACGAGGAGAGCUACGAGCCUUACAAGCGCAUGCGCACGAAGCUGCCCAUCGGCGCCGAUGAGCGGCCGAGUGUCUCGCUCUGGGCCGUGCUGAAGAACAACAUCGGCAAGGACCUGACGAAGAUCUCCUUCCCGGUGGCAUUCAACGAGCCCACGUCGAUGCUGCAGCGCAUGGCUGAGGACCUCGAGUUCCCCGAGUGCCUCGAGGCUGCAGCGACGUCGCCCGACUCGAUGAAGCGCAUCGCCUUUGUGGCUGCAUUUGCCGCCUCGAACUACUCGAGCACCAUCGGCCGCAUCGCCAAGCCCUUCAACCCGAUCCUCGGCGAGACAUACGAGUACUGCUCGCUCGGCAAGCAGCCGUACCGCUACGUCAGCGAGCAGGUGUCGCAUCACCCGCCCAAGUCGGCCUGUCUCGCGCAGGCGCCGCUGUGGGAGUACAUGGGCUCCGUCGACGCCAAGAGCAAGUUCACGGGCCGCAGCUUCGAGAUCCAGCCGACGGGCAUUGCGCACGUCAACCUCAAGGUGCCGCGCGACUUUGUCAAGAACGCCAAGAAGGAGCUGCAGCCGGCCGCCGGUGUCAAGAGCGACCGUGUGCUCGAGCACUACAGCUGGAGCAAGGUCACGACAGUCGUCUCCGGCUUCCUCACGGGCUCCGUGUCGAUCGACCACGUCGGCACGCUCGCCGUGCAGAACCACGCGACAAAGGAGCGCUGCGAGCUGACGUUCCGGCCGCGCGGCUGGCGCGGCGCCAACGCGUGCGAGAUCAAGGGCUCCGUCUUCGACGCCAAGGGCAACGUAACGUGGGACAUUGCCGGUCGCUGGAGCUCGCAGCUCGUCGCGCGCCGCCGCGGCGCCGGCCACGGCGACCUCAACCCGGAUGAGGACGUUAGCGCCAGCACCGCAGAGUACAUCCUACUCUGGCGCAACAACCCCAAGCCGCCCGCCGCCUUCAACCUGACCAAGUUCGCCGCGACGCUCAACUCGCUGCCCACGGGUCUCGAGCUGUGGCUGCCGCCUACGGACUGCCGUCUGCGGCCCGAUCUGUCUGCAUUCGAGAGCGGCCGCUUCAGCGAGGCCGACGUGCUCAAGGGCCAGCUGGAGGAGGUGCAGCGCGCCACGCGGCGCAAGCGCGAGGCCGGCGAGCUGCCGGCGCACAAGGCGCGCUGGUUCCGCGAGGUCACGGACCCGGACACCAACGAGCCGAUGUGGGAGGCGCUGCGUGUGCCCGACGCCGCGACGGGCGAGGCCGAGCCCGAGUACUGGGCCACCCGGGCGCAAGUCGGAAAGGAGCACAAGGCGGGCAACACGAAGGUCGAGUGGCCCGGCACCUCUCAUAUCUUUGGCGGGCUUGAGAGCUCGAGAGCUCGUCCUUGAGGCCUGCUCGCCCGGCUGGUGCUGCUCGAUACCCCGCGCUCCCA